AUGGCACCCAAAUCGAUCAUCAGCAGCAGCAACAACAACUCUCCACCUUCCGCCUCAGACAACAGCAAUAAUACCACCACCAGCAGUGGUAGUGGCAGUGGCGCAAGCGGCUUCCAUAGCCGACAUGGAUCAACAAUCUCGAUCCUCUCCGUCCCACUUCUGGACCCCUUCUACCGAGACCUAGUCGCGCUCAAGACGGACCAUACAGCGCUGUAUGCAGAACUGAAGCGCACCCAACAGACACUCCAGCUGUCGUACCAGGAUCUGAUGAUGGCCCGGGAGCGGUCCAAACGGGCCGAGACGGAUUCGGGUCGACUCAAGUCUCAAAUGGAAACUAUCUUACAUGUCGAUCAUCAUCCAGAACGAGAAGCACUCGUCCAACAACUCGUCGAACUGCAGACAAGACUUGACAUUGAACUGGGUGCCCGUCGAGUCCUCGAGCAGGAACACAGUCUUCUCCAACACGAGUUGAUCCGCUAUCGCCUCAAUAACAGCAAUGACAAACCUCCUUCUUCAUCGUCAACAGCGAGCGCUGCAAUUGCUACUGCUGCUCAGUCCAACCCUUCAUCAUCUUCACCGGUGGGCUCGAUCCGGUCGGCGACUUUUGCGUUGUUUUCGGGGGGCGGUAGUCGGAAGAGCACCAGGAGUAGCAUCAUCAAUGCCGGCACCGGCACCGGGACUGGAAGUAAUAAUAACAAUAGCAAUGACAGGACGCCAUCUAUCAGGAGUGUGCGCAUGACGGACGAGAUUCAGUCUAUGCAGGAGUCGUCUUCUCCUGCACCUCCUCGCCAUUCAAAUCACUACAGCCUCUUGUCUGCUCCGUCCACCCCACGAACAACCUCCAACUAUGCCACCUCUACCUCUGCGUCCACACCUCCCCCGCCUCCAGCAACGCCAGCACAGCAGCAGUACGGAGGCGGAGUCACCGUCAUCCAGGAUCUGGACCAUGAGAACCUGGCAGCCAUCCAGUCUCGGUUGCCAUCGCUGGAACAACUCGAGGGUCAGAAGCUGUUCUAUGACAAGCUGGCGGAGGAGAACGUCGCCAUGAAGAUAGAGAUCCAGGACCUGCGAUACCGCAACAAAGCCGAGAAAGACUCUAUCAAGGGAUACAUGUCGUUGUUCGAAAGCCUGCAAAAGAAACAAUCAAACGCCCUGGCGGUCGCACAGGCAGAAAUCGACCUCCUCCGUUCAACAAUCCAAGAACACACACUCCGUCUUGAAUCCCGUGAAACCCUCCUCCAAACUUUUGCUGCUACUGUCAACUCUCAAGCCAUCGAACUCGAGAUCCUGACAAGAGAUGCUUCCCGUGAACGCACCGCCCGCGCAAAGAUCGAACAGGAGAUGGCGUCCUUGUUAGAGGCGAGCCUCUUGAUGCUGGAACGGCUCUUUGCAAACGUGGAUCAGACGGUUCGGUCGGGGCUUGUGAGGGUACUGGAUCCGAUUCGGCAGACGAUUCAUCAUUUGGAGAUCCCGAGUAUUCUUCAGGAGUGGGAUAUGUGUGAGCAAGGAGUGCAACGGAUUGUUAAUGAUUUGGCGAGGAGUUUGGUAUACCAGCAGGAGGUUCAGGAGAGAGGGCUUGAGGAAGGUGGAGACGGAGAUGGCGCUGGUCCGUCAAGAGGAAGCACGGGGUCGGCCCUUGUCAAAGCCAGCAACAACACGAGCAACAGUAGUAGCAGCAGCCCUUUCGGCGGCAAUAACAACAAUGGUGCACGGAACCCCCGCAACAGCGUCAGCUCAACUCACUCAGCCAUGACAGCAUACAGCACCUACAGCACCAACAGCAGUGGCAACAACACGUACAGGAGCUACCAAGAGGAAGGUCCGGAAGAAUCAAUGUUGAUCCUGAACAACAAUUUCAGUCAACAGGUCCUUGUCUGGCGCAAGUUCACUGCAGACACGUUCCUGGAGGAGUGUGUCAAGAGUGUUGAGGACCUGGCCCAGGAGAGACGAGAAUUGCAGACCAGGGUUGUGGAGCUGACUCGUAUCAUUGUUGAGCAGGAUGAGGCUCGUCGUCUGAAGGAGAUAUCAGCUUCUCAUGAGGGGGGAAGUGAGGUGGAACGGGAGGAAGAGCCCGCCGUGGAGAAGGAGUCCGUAGCAGAGAGGACGGAUGAGAAGGAGAAGGAGAAGGAGGAAACAAUGGAAGACCAAGAAAAGGGGGACACCACUGUGGACGACAAGGAGGACGACGCAAGCAAUGCGGCUAUCGACCUCCCCACCCCAGAAACCAACCUCUCAUCAGACACACCAUGCAAGGACAGUAGGGAAGAUGCAGAGGAGUCGUCGUCUGCAGGAGGAUACUGUACGGAUCAGGAGAACCACUCCAAGGACUGGCAGGAAUCUUCACUCCCACUCAAUGCUAUCGACCACCAGAACAGGACGAGCGGUGCUGGUUCAGCGGAGGAUGGGGAUAGUCGAGAGAUGACCAGACGACUGGAGUCGAUCCUUCAAAAGGUUCUGGAUCACCUUGAGUCUUCCAAGGAGAAAGGAGCGGUAUCGUCGUCAACGACAACAACAGUGGACAAAGUGGAUACAUCGGGAGUCGCAAUAGGAGCAUCGCCAAGGAGUCUGGACGACGAUGAUAUUCUGUCACUGGGAAUAUCUGAGGCGCCUGUGAGGGUUAUGAAAGUAGAAAUGAGCACUGUCCAGGAUGUGAAACCGUUGUUGACCACCAUGAGCUGCUCGGGGUCAUCCACCACCUUGGACAGCAGCGACGUCUCUAGACUCAAGAAGGAUGACCUCGAGACUCUCGUCCAAUUAAUCCGUCAUGAGCUGACAGGGACCAACAUCGCGCCUUCAAUGGAAGCUAAUGCAUUGGACGACAACGCCAUAGACGCGUCGCAAACCCCAACCAUGGCACCCCUUCAGGCUGUAGAAAUUGAGGAUGUCGUCGUGGUCGACGCUGGAGAGCAGGAACAGUCAGCAGACAUGGAGCCGCCACAUAUUGAGCCACCAGCCUCAGAGCCUGCCACCACAGCAACAACAUUGACCAUCAUCACUACCGACACGUCCGCCAACGAACCUGCCAACAAUAGCACCACCAGUCAUACAAGGACACAGACGCGUCCAGAAGGGAUCUCCACCUCAUCUUUAGCACUAGCAUGCCGAAUAUCCUCUUCGUCCACAGCCUCAACACCAGCAACAUCCUUAGCCUCCGCAUCCACGGUAUCGUCAGCCUCCAGCAACAGUAGUUACUUCUUCUCCUCAACCAAGCUUGGCAGCCUAUCUACCCCAUCCUCCCCAAGUCUGUGCGGCAUCGGUGGUCCAGACGGUCAGACCCUGCUGGACGUCGAAGCCCUCUGUCGCGACUUGGCCUUCCGCUCCUUCCCCACACAGCACCAAUGGUCCAAGAAAUCCAAGAAGCAGCCUUCCGUUUGGUAUCCCGCCUCUUCUACCUUUUCCUCAGCAGGAGCGUCAGGCCUUCCGCCACGACCACCACUACCAUCUUCUACUUCUCAGCAUUAG